CCGGGAGAAGUUUUUGAAAAUAAACGUGACACUUUUUCUCCUUUUGUUUUUCUUGAUGUUUUCUUCAACUUAACGACUAAAAAAACAGCGAAGAAGAAACACGGAUAUCGGAAAGUCGUCCGGACAUCGAGCCGAGCGGAGAAACACCACCGAAGAAGAAGAAGAAGGAGAAGAAGAAAAAGAAGAAGGUGAGUUGGCAUCAAUGUCUUCCCCAGAAGAGGAGGAGGAGGAGGAGGAGGAGCAGUCGUCUGCCGUCUCUGUGUCGGUGGACUCGAAGGCGGAACUCGCCGCCCUGAUGGACCAAUGGGAGGAGGCGCAGAGGGGGACCACGGAGACGCUGGUGUCCAUCCUCACCAAAAUCUCUGAGCUGAUUGAACGUGAGACAGGAGAAUAUCACAAAGUGGAUCCGGAUCCGUUUGACGACCGUCAUCCAGGCCGAGCGGACCCAGAGUGCAUGCUGGGACAGCUGCUGAAGAUACUGUUCAUGAACGAUGACUUCACUAACGCGCUCAUGGACGCGUACAUCAUGACCAGCCGGGAGCUGAGCCUCAACACCGCCGCCUGCCGCCUGCUGCAGAACAUCGUGCCGGGGCUGGAGACCGCCGUCGUCUUCCAGGAGAAGGAGGGGCUGGUGGAGAAGCUGUUCCUCUGGGCCCGGGAGGCGGAGCGGCCGCUCUGCGUCUUCGCCGCCGGCCUGUUGGCGAGAGCCAUGAGCAACCAGGAAGUAGCCGUUAGCUACCGGGAGGAGAACGCUCUGCUGGUGCCCAUCAUGAUUCAGCGUCUCCACGAGCUCCAGACCCAAGAGGCCGAGAGGCCACAGAACCUCCUCCGGGUCGACUCCACCCAGACCCCGAGGGAGAAGGAGCAGGAGGAGAGAGAUGGGCAGAGCGCCAAGACCAAGUGUUCGGCACGCUCGGAACAGAAGAACGGCUCCUCCUCCUCCUCCUCGCGCCUCCUCCCAGACUUUGUGUACCAGGCGAGGCCGGCGACCUCCAAGGAGACGGAGGAGGGAGGAGCAGGAGGUGGAGGAGGAGGGAGUCGAGUGGUGACAGAGAACGGGAGGAAGGCCAAGCAGAAGCUCCACUUCACCUCCUCCUCCAGCAGCAGGACCCAGGAGGAGGAGGAGGAGGAGGAGGACGAGGAAGAGGAUGAGGAGGAGCAGCAGCAGCCGAGUGGCAGCGCCCCCUGGUCCGAGGUGAGCUCGAUGGUGAUUGGCUCAGACCACCGCCUGUCACCACUGAGCCCGGCCACGGAGCAGAGGCUCCUCCUCCAGUACCUCACCCCACUGGGAGACUACCAGGAGUUGCUGGCCGUCUUCAUGCAGCUGGACACUCGCUCUCUGCUGAUGACCUACAUCGACCUCCAGAGGACCAGAAACGUCCAGCUGACCUUCGACGGCCUUCUGUACCUGGCCUCGCUGCUCCUUCAUAAGAAGUUCGCAGCAGAGUUCAUAACUUACGGAGGAGUCCAGAAGCUUCUGGCGAUCCCCAGACCGUCGAUGGCGGCGACAGGAGUCUCACUCUGUCUGUAUUACCUGGCCUACAACCAGGACGCGCUGGAGAGGGUGUGCGCGCUGCCGGCCGGCGUGCUGGCCGACGUGGUGGCGUACGCGCUGUGGCUGCUGGAGUCGUCCCACGCGUCGGGCGUGUGCCACGCCACCAUGUUCUUCUCCAUCGCCUUCUCCUUCCGCGCCGUGCUGCGGCUGUUCGACCGGCAGGACGGCCUCCGCCGGCUGGUCAACCUGGUCAGCACGCUGGAGAUCCUGACCGCGCAGAGCGAGGCGUCCGUCAUGAGCGACGACAAGGUGUUCGCCAACCGGCAGACGGCCAAGCACACCUGCAUGGCGCUGCGCAGGUACUUCGAGGCUCACCUGGCGGUGAAGGCCGAGCAGCUCAAACAGGCUCUGCACACGUCGGACGAGGGAACCGUCGUCCCCCAGCAGCCCUUCUACAAGGCCUACACCUACACCAGGGAGCAGGUGAUAGAGAUGAUGGAGUUCCUGAUCGAGUGUGGCCCCCCUCAGCUGCACUGGGAGCCGGUGGAGGUGUUCUUCAAGCUGUCCUGCGUGCCGUUGAUGCUGCAGCUCAUCUCGGCCGCCUGCGAUUGGAGGACCUACUACGGCAGGAGCGACACGGUGCGCUACGUGCUGGACAUUCUGGCCAUGCUGGUGGUGGUGCCGAAGGUGCAGCUGGUGCUGGUGGACACCGUGGAGGUUCUGGACGAGACCCGGUCCCCGGUCUCCACCGUGGGUAUGAGCAUCAUCCUGGGCGUCAUUGAGGGCGAGGUGUUCGUGAACGAUGCAGAGAUCCAGAAGUCUGCCCUCCAGGUGAUCAAUAACUGCGUGUGUGCUCCGGACCAGAGCCUGAACACCGUGGGCGCGUUCGCCGUCGCCCCCUUGAGGCCGACGCUGGCGCCACACAGCAGGGUGCUGGCCCACAUGUGGCAGAUGGUGCAGAACAAUAACGGCAUCAAGGUGCUGCUGUCGCUGCUCUCCGUGAAGAUGCCCAUCACUGAUGCUGACCUCAUCCGGGCUCUGGCCUGUAAGGCUCUGGUGGGUUUGUCCCGCAGCGCGGCCGUCAGGCAGAUCAUCAGCAAGCUGCCGCUGUUCACCAGCAGUCACAUCCAGCAGCUGAUGAAGGAGCCCGUGCUGCAGGACAAGCGCACUGAGCAUGUGCGGUUCUGCCGCUACGCGGCGGAGCUGACGGAGCGGGUGUCGGGGAAGCCGCUGCUGAUGGGCGGCGACGUGUCUCUGGCGCGGCUGCAGCGCGCCAACGUGGUCGCCCAGUCGCGCAUCACCUUCUCCGAGCGGGAGCUGUUCGUGCUGCUGCGCAACCACCUGGUGGCCAAAGGCCUGCAUGACACGGCCAACGCGCUGGUGAAGGAGGCCAACCUGCCGGCGGGGUCGCUCUGCCCCAACGCCGCCGCCGCCACCCCUCCCCCCGCCGCCUCGCCCGUGACUCCCUGGUCCUGCCGGUUGGCCUCCUCCUCUUCCUCCUCCCGCUCCCUGGUUGCUCCUCACCCCUCCUCCUCGUCCACCACGCCCCUCCCCCCCCCUCCGACUCCUCAGGGUGGCUCACACCUGGUGGGCCGGAUCCUGUUCACGCGAGAGCGCCCGGCGGCGCUUCCCUCGGGGAAGAAGCUGCGGGCGCUGAAGCAGAAGUCUGACCACGGGGCCUUCAUCCAGACGCCGGCCAUGAGGAAGCAGCAGGAGCGCGCCCCGCCCUGCCCCCCCACCCUGGACAGCAUCAUCGUGGAGUACCUGCGUGAGCAGCACGCGCGCUGCCCCAACCCCGUCACCACCUGCCCGCCCUUCUCGCUCUUCGCGCCGCACCGCUGCCCCGAGCCCAAGCAGCGGCGCCAGGCCGCGCCCAGCUUCACGGCCCGGCUGGGCAGCCGCGUGCUGUACCCCCGGUACGGGGGCGUGGACCGGGGCUGCCUGGACCGGAACCUGAUCUUCAGCAGGUUCCGUCCCAUGUCGGUGUUCCAUGAGGGUGAUGGAGAUGAGAGCGGCUUCACCUGCUGCGCCUUCUCGGCCCGCGAGCGUUUCCUGAUGCUGGGCACCUGCUCGGGUCACCUGAAGUUCUACAACGUGUUCUCUGGGGAGGAGGAGGCCAACUACACCUGCCACUCGUCAGCCAUCACCCACCUGCAGCCCUCCAGGGAUGGGAAGCUGCUGCUCACGUCUGCCUCUUGGAGCGUCCCCUUGUCUGCCCUCUGGAGUAUGGACGGUGUCUUCAGCUUGAAGAACUCGUUUGUGAACGACCACUACAUGGAGUUCAGUAAACUCUGUCAGGACCGAGUCAUUGGCACCGAGGACCAGGUCGCACACAUCUAUGACAUCCAGACGGGCCAGCAGACGGUGAGCCUGAGCGACGCGGCGCUGGCCAACAACUACAAGAGGAACUGCGCCACGUUCGACCCGACGGACGAGCUGGUGCUGAGCGACGGCGUGCUGUGGGACGUGCGGGCGCCGCGCGCCGUGCACAAGUUCGACAAGUUCAACAUGAACAUCAGCGGCGUGUUCCACCCCAACGGCCUGGAGGUCAUCGUCAACACGGAGGUCUGGGACUUGAGGACGUUCCACCUGCUGCACACCGUCCCGGCUCUGGACCAGUGCAGACUGGUGUUCAACAGCAACGCCACCAUCAUGUACGGAGCGAUGCUGCAGGCCGAUGAUGAGGACGACGCCAUGGACCAGCAGAUGAAGAGUCCCUUCGGCUCGUCCUUCAGGACCUUCGACGCUACAGACUACAAGCCCAUUGCCACAGUGGACGUGAAGAGGAACAUCUUCGACCUGUGCACCGACAGAAAAGACUGCUACCUGGCCGUCAUCGAGAACCAGGACACGGUGAGCCUGGACACGGUGUGCCGCCUGUACGAGGUCGGGAGACACAAGCUGGCAGAGGAGGGGGACGACGACGACCAGGAUGAAGAUCAGGACGAUGACGACUCCUCGGACGAUGACGAGGACGAUGAUGAUGACGAGGACAUGGACACGGACCCGCUGCUCCGGGAGCUCGCCAACCACAGCGACGCGGAGCAGGAGGACGGGCCUCAGGGCCAAGAGGCUGAAGAUCCUCCCGGCAGCAACGACGACGACGAUAAUGAUGACGAUGAUGAUGACGAUGAAGACUUCGUGAAUUCAGACCAAUCGGACGGAAGUGAAGAUCUAUCCGACUUAUUAGACUUUGAAAACUUCCUCCCAUAACAGUUGGAUGAUGAAACCUCGGUGGUCCUCCAGGACCCCCGUGGUCCUCCAGGACCUCCAGGACCCCCGUGGUCCUCCAGGACCUCCAGGACCCUCGUGGACCUCCAGGACCCCCGUGGUCCUCCAGGACCCCCGUGGUCCUCCAGGACCUCCAGGACCCCCGUGGUCCUCCAGGACCUCCGUGGUCCUCCAGGACCCCCGUGGUCCUCCAGGACCUCCAGGACCCCCGUGGUCCUCCAGGACCUCGGUGACGGUCUGGCCUCCUGACCGAGUUCCUCUGCUGCCAACAAGAACCUCAACGAGGAAAACUAAAAACCUAAAAAAGUUCUCAUCAAAUGUGAGGAGUUGAAGAGCUUCUGAACGACGAUGACUGAAUGUUCUGACGUUGCCUUCACUGACCGCGGGACGCGUCCCUCAGGUUGGACCUCCGGUCCUGAUGUGGCUGGUUCUCCCUCUCCGGGCCUCCACUCCGUCUUCAGGGUCAGCGUGUUGUCACAGCUGCUGCAGAGAUAAAGUUAUAUUUUAUAUGAGCAGAUUUUCUAAUCUCCAGUCGACCUUUUGACCUUUGGACUGUUUGAGCCCACAGUGUUUUUUAACCCUUUUUUGUGUGUGUGCGUGUGCGUGUGUGUGUGUGUGUGCACGCACUUAAAGGGACAGUCACAUUUAUAACAUUCUAAACUGUCCCUUUACUUCCGGGUUCAAGAGGAACCGCGUGGGUCUGGAGGAGGAUGACGAGCUCAUCGGUUUCAGAUAUAAUCUACAGUUUUAUAAUAGAUUGUAUAUAAAUCUGUUUGAAUUGUUGUAAAUGUUCAGUGGAAGAGUUCUACUUCAAUAAUUAAAGAGCUUCUCCCUCG